UGUAAGUCGCUUUGGAUAAAAGCGUCUGCUAAAUGACUAAAUGUAAAUGUAAAUACACAUGUAUUAGUACAACUAGUAUUCAGCCCAGUUAAGUGAAGUUGUGUGCGUUCUACAAAUGUUCUUUGUAGGCUUUUAUUUUUAAUUUUUUUAUUUAACUGUGUAUAAGAUGAAGUAGGUUGAGUUUGACAGGAAAGAGAAUAACACAACACAGAUUAUGACAUUUUUAGAUCAAUUAUUAAUGUACUUGGUAUUUUCUAUAUUUGAUAAGGAGGAUCAGUGAAAAUAAUUACAAUUAGGAAUCUAUAUCUUCAAGAGGCUUUGUACUAAAUUUUGUUAAGAGUUGUACUAAGAGUUUGUACAAGAUUUUCAUUUAGUUAAUCUUAAAUACUUAAGUGAGUCUAGAGGUCACAUUUUCCUCUGGAGUCACAUUGUAAAAAAAUGUACAUUUAUGACCCUGCUGAUUGAAGAGCUCACAAACAGCAAAACUGACCCCACCAAGCUAAUGUAAUACAGACAUUUGAAAUUCAGUGAAAGACAAAAUAUCUCUGAUAGUCAUAGUUUUGUGAAUGUGUACAAUUUUGAUUGGUGGAAAGUUCAUAAUCCCAAUUAAUUAAUUCAUUAAUGAAACCACGUCACAUUAUCUCUCAUAUGGCUGAAAAAAAAAAAAUCUAAAACAUGUUUUUUCUUUCUGAAACGUGUGUUCUUUCUCCAAGGUUAAAACCAUUGCUUCCACAAUGGCUAGCUACAGUCCUAAAAGAAUGCGCUUUCAUGAUGAAUCAUCGGUUUCACAUAACCGUGCCUCUGCAAUUACCUGCGCAGAAUCACCACUGACAACAGAUAUGGCCAUCAUGGUGCAAACAAAGCAAAUAAUGGAAGGUGUAAAUAUUCAAAUUCAAGCCGUAAAAAACAUUGACCAGCCCAUGACUACAUUAAAAUCCUACAUAGUAGAUGUCAUUUCAAAGAUGGAUCAGAUAGAUAAAGACAACAGAAGGAAAGCAACAAUAGGGAUAUUUGGACAAUCAGGACAUGGAAAGAGCUCCCUAAUAAAUGCAAUCCUGGGAGAAGAGGAUCUACUGCCACCUGGUAGUUUAGGUGCCUGUACAGCUGUUGUUACUCAGGUGGAAGCCAAUCUGGAUGACUCCAACUACACAGCAGAGAUCGAACUCUACUCUAAAGAGGAGUGGGACAAAAUGCUCCAAGUACUUUUCAGAGUUUUGUCAGAUGACAGUGAGGAUAGGGAUGAUGAAAUGUUUGAAAGUGCUAAAGAAAAGAUUACUGCAGUGUAUGGAGAAGAUGCAGAUAAGAAAAAAUUUGAAGAACUUAAAAAAGAUGAGAAAUUUGCUGAAAUCAUCAACUUUUUGUCUGACAGUGAAAAAAUCAUCUCAAAAAGAGAAAGAUCUGACUUUGUCAAUGAAGUUGCAUGUUUCAUACAAUAUAGUGUGGCAAGUCCCGGUGGCUGGUACUGGCCACUUGUAAAGAGUGUGAAAAUCAAGAUUCCAAACUGUGAUGAACUUUUGAAACACAUUGUCCUUCUUGAUCUUCCUGGGAUUGGAGAUUGCAAUAAGACUAGAGAAGACCUGUGGAAAUCUAAACUGAGAGAGUGCUCUUCUGUGUGGAUUGUAAGUGAUAUCAGUCGAGCAAUCACUGACAAAGAUCCCUGGGGGAUAUUAAAGCACUGCAUUCAGGACUUGGGACCAGGAGGAGAAUGUAAAAACAUUAGCUUCAUCUGUACAAAGACUGAUGAUAUCAAUCCAGGAGCCUAUAUGAGAUCUUCACGGCUGACUAAAGAUGAAAUAGGAAACAAGGAUCAGACAGCAGUGUGCAUACUUCACAGAAACAAAACCACUAAGGAAUCAGUAAAAAAAAAAUUUGAAAGUUUGAAUCCUGGAACCAAAAAACUGAUGGAGAAAUUCAGCACUGAAGUUUUUACUGUAAGCUCCAAGUCAUUUUUCAAGCAAAAUUCAAAUUUGGAACCCACUGAAACAGGUAAUGUAUUACCAAAGAAAAUGAAAAGUGUGGUUGCCUUGCAAUUACUGUAAUUAAGUGGUUCCCUUUCAGUCGGUCACGUUCGAUGUCACGUCGGACGUACCGACGAAUUGGGAUCUCGUCUGAGAGCCCUAUCGUCUUCCAGUGUAAACUAAACGAGCCAAUGCAUAUUGGCAUACAAGAUUUGCAUCUCGCGCUCCGCCCCGCAGCGCGGGUAUAAAUGCAGAAGCGGGUGCAAUGCAUGUUCAGCUUUUUGCUUCGGAGCCGAGUGGUUCUAUUGUUCUGCUCUGCCUGUCAUCUGAAGAGGAUUCUGACGAGUCUACGAGCGCUCUGGGGAAGACGGUUCUUCAAAAUUGGUGUUGGUGUGACGGCGCUGCAGCUGUGGUUUCCCCGUGUGCUUCAGCACUGUGAAAGAGCGAGUCUCCCUAAAACAGCAAGACACAGGUGUGACGUUGCAUCUUUGUACAGAUAGGGUGACCAUAUUUUAGUUUUCCAAAAAGAGGACGGGGGGGUUCGUGG